AUGCAUUCUCUUGCCAAGUUUCUCGCCACCCGCGUCGUCAUGUCCAGUAACUCUCGACACGUUUUCCAGCAUCAGUGCAUUCGUCAAUGCAUCGUAUUCUUCAGUUCCUCGAGUCCACCGGAGAUGGGUAAACGAUUGACUCUUGUCGAGAUGGCAGAGCGUCGUGCCAAGCGAGUCAAACGUAAAUUUGUCAAUAAAGACGACGUAAAGGAAGAGAAGAGCGUUGCAUUGUUUAUUGAAGGCUCAGUGCGGUACUAUCACCGUCAUUAUGUGAUUGUGGAGUCCCGGAGCACAGACCCGAACUCGUGGCCACCCAAUCUUGAGCAGACACCGGAACACAUUCUAAGCUCGUAUAUGAGUGCGUUAUUAAAGCUCUACGAUGGCGACAUUGUUAAGGCGAGAAAGAGUCCGUUACUUAUGACGGCAGCCAUUCCAUAUAUGAGCAUGUACAGUGGUGGACUGCAAGAUGAAGCAGAAAAGUCUGUAAAGAGUGUACAAGAAGGUGCACACGAUGUUCUCGUGUUUCCUGAUGCUCUUCGGGUCCACAAUGUCAUUCCUUCGCAGAUUUCUAAGCUGGUGAGCAAGGCUUUGGAGAAAGACUUUGACCUCGUUGCGUUCCUGGAACGAAAAAACUUGCAAUACACGCGUAUGGAGGAAGGCUAUUACAUGAUGGUAUGCGGUCAUGCUGCACGAGAUGAGCGUUGUGGAUGCAAAGGUCCGGAAUUGCUGCAGUGGUUAAAAGAGUUGGCAUCAAAUGGUAAGAAACCAUUAAACUUGUGGACAUCCAGUCAUUAUGGAGGUCACCGCUAUGCAGCAUCCUGCAUUGUGUACCCAAGUGGCGACUGGUUUGGUCUCCUGAAUGAUAAAAACAAGGCAAAGAAAAUGCUCGAUGCUAUGAAUGACGAGGAUCCAUUACAAGUGUAUGAGCUAUGGCGUGGUCGUAUGGCUCUUACACCACAAGAUAUGCAUCAAGCUGUGAUAAAACGAGUUAAAGGUGGUUAA